AUCGCCGCCACCCCUCCUUCCUGAUCGGCAAGUGAAUGAGAAGGUGGAGAACCUCUCCAUUCAGCUGCAGCUGAUGACCCGAGAGAGGAAUGAGCUGCGGAAGCGCCUGGCCUUUGCCACACACAGGACGACCUUGGACGCGAGGCCCUACCACAGGCUGAAUCCUGACUAUGAGAGGCUGAAGAUCCAGUGUGUGCGGGCCAUGUCGGACCUUCAGAGCCUGCAGAAGCAGCACACCAACGCCUUAAAGAGGUGCGAGGAGGUGGCCAAGGAGACCGACUUCUACCAAAGAGAACGUGCGCUCAGCCUCAGCCCUAAUCUGUCCAGUCGAGGCCCCGGGAGCCCCUGUCAUCACUUGAGGAAUGAUUUCCAGGAGGGUAGGGAGCUGCUCGCCGUUCGAGCUCCCAGCUGCCAGCCAGGGGUGUUGAAGCACAACGGGUCAUCAGAAAUUCUCAAUAAGCUGUAUGACACGGCCAUGGACAAGCUGGAGGUGGUCAAGAAGGACUAUGAUGCCCUGCGGAAGAGGUACAGCGAGAAAGUUGCCAUCCACACCUCCGACCUGAGCCGCCUGGAGCAGCUGGAGGAGGAGAACCAGCGCCUGCUCAAGCAGACGGAGAUGCUGACGCAGCAGCGGGACACGGCCAUCCAGCUGCAGCACCAGUGCGCCCUCUCCCUGAGGAGGUUUGAGGCCAUCCACCAAGAGCUGAACAAGGCCACGGCCCAGAACAAGGACCUGCAGUGGGAGAUGGAGCUGCUGCAGUCAGAGAUGACUGAGCUGAGGACCAUGCAAUUAAAAACGGCCAAGGAGUCGGAGAAGUACAAGGAGGAGCGGGAUGCUGUGUACAGCGAGUACAAGCUCAUCAUGAGUGAGCGCGACCAGGUCAUCUCUGAGUUGGACAAGCUGCAGACCGAAGUGGAGCUGGCCGAGUCCAAGCUCAAGAGCAGCACGUCUGAGAAGAAGGCGGCCAGCGAGGAGAUGGAGGCGCUGCGACAGAUGAAAGACACGGUGACAAUGGAUGCUGGGAGAGCCAACAAGGAGGCUGAAAUCCUUCGAAAGCAGUGCAAGGCCCUGUGCCAGGAACUGAAGGAAGCCCUCCAGGAGGCGGACGUGGCCAAGUGCCGGCGGGACUGGGCCUUCCAGGAGCGGGACAAGAUCGUGGCGGAGCGGGACAGCAUCCGGACGCUCUGUGACAACCUACGGAGGGAGCGGGACCGGGCGGUGAGCGAGCUGGCUGAGGCCCUGCGCAGCCUGGAUGACACUCGCAAACAGAAGAAUGAUGUCAGCCGGGAGCUCAAGGAGCUCAAGGAGCAGAUGGAAUCCCAGCUGGAGAAGGAGGCCCGGUUCCGGCAGCUGAUGGCCCACAGCUCCCAUGACUCAGCCAUCGAUACAGACUCCAUGGAGUGGGAAACGGAAAUUGUGGAGUUCGAAAGGGAGACGGAGGAUAUUGACUUGAAGGCACUUGGGUUCGAUAUGGCAGAAGGUGUGAAUGAGCCUUGUUUGCCUGGGGACUGUGGGAUAUUUGUCACUAAAGUGGACAAAGGAAGCAUUGCUGAUGGCCGCUUACGGGUCAACGACUGGCUGCUGAGGAUCAACGACGUGGACCUCAUCAACAAGGACAAGAAGCAGGCCAUCAAGGCCCUCCUUAACGGGGAGGGGGCCAUUAACAUGGUCGUGCGGCGGAGGAAGUCCCUGGGCGGAAAGGUGGUCACCCCACUGCACAUCAACCUGAAUGGGCAGAAAGACAGCGGCAUCUGUCUGGAGAAUGGGGUGUACGCUGCCGCCGUGAUGCCUGGAAGUCCGGCCGCCAAGGAGGGGUCCCUGGCCGUGGGAGACAGGAUUGUGGCGAUCAACGGCAUUGCGCUGGACAACAAGUCCCUGAAUGAGUGUGAGUCUCUGCUGCGCAGCUGCCAGGACUCCCUGACCCUCUCCCUCCUGAAGGUCUUCCCUCAGAGCUCCUCGUGGAGUGGCCAGAACAUCUUUGAGAACAUCAAGGACUCAGAUAAGAUGCUGGGUGUCCGAGCCCACGGCCUCGACGUCCAGCCCCAGAACAAACGGAGCCUGUUGCAGCACAAUAACUCCACGCAGACGGACAUCUUCUACUCGGACAGGCUGGAGGACAGGAGGGAGCCGGAGCCCCCGGGGGGCAGCAGCUCCUUCCUGCACAAGCACUUCCCUGCGGGACCCUUCCCGGUCUGCCCCCAGGCCUGUCCCAGCACCUCCGAGCGCAGCCUCAGCUCCUUCCGCUCAGACGCCUCCGGGGAGCGUGGCUACGGGCUGGUGGAUAUGCGCAGCCAGCGACUGCUGCUGCCCUUUGACACGGAGGGGGGGCCCUGCGGGGUGGCGGAGGCCCCCCUGGAUAAGACAGGGCCGGAGAGCUCCAGCAGCGGCGGAACCUGGCCCAAGGCCGUGCUCGGCUCCACAGCAGGGCCCGAGAAGCUGUCUGUUUAUAAGAAGCCAAAGCAAAGAAAGUCUAUCUUUGAUCCGAACACUUUCAAACGCCCCCAGACUCCCCCCAAAAUAGACUACCUGCUCCCAGGUCCUGGGUCUGCUCACUCCCCCCAGCCCUCCAAGAGGGUGGGGCCUCUGACGCCCCCAAAACCUCCCAGGAGGAGUGACUCUAUUAAGUUCCAGCACAGACUGGAAACCAGUUCCGAGUCCGAGGCUACACUGGUGGGCAGCUCCCCAUCUGCCAGCCCCCCGAGUGCACUGCCCCCCGGAGUAGAUCCCGGAGAGCUCACACACACCUCACCCCCUCGCAAGGCCAGAGUGCGCAUUGCUUCCAGCUACUACCCUGAAGGGGACGGGGAUUCCUCCUAUCUGCCUGCCAAGAAGUCCUGCGACGGGGACCUCACCUCCCAGAAGAUGGACGAGCUGGGGCAGAAGCGUCGACGUCCAAAGUCUGCUCCCAGUUUUCGGCCCAAGCUGGCUCCGGUAGUGAUUCCUGCUCAGUUCUUGGAGGAUCAGAAGUGUGUCCCGGCCAGUGGAGAAGUCUGCCCAGAGCUUCAGGAAUGGUCCCCUUACUCGCCAGGGCCCUCCAGCCGUCACAGCAACCCCCCGUUCUACCCCGGCAGGGCAUCUGUGGGUACUGUUCCCCGGAGUGUGACCCCGAGCACCACUGUGAGCUCCAUCCUGAGGAACCCCAUCUACACCGUGCGUAGCCACAGGGUUGGCCCGUGCAGCUCUCCGCCUGUGCCCAGAGAGGUCGGUGCCCAGGGUUUGCACCCCAGCGUCCAGCACCAGGGACGCCUGAGCCUGGAUCUGAGCCAUAGGACUGGCAGUGACUACUCAGAGAUGAGAGCCUCCCAUGGGUCCAACUCUCUGCCCUCCAGCGCCCGCCUUGGGUCUUCGAGCAACUUGCAGUUCAAGGCCGAACGCAUUAAAAUCCCAUCAACACCAAGAUACCCGCGGUCCGUUGUGGGCUCCGACAGAGGUUCGCUGUCACAUUCCGAUUGCAGCACGCCUCCCCAGUCACCCUUGCACACGGACACCCUGUCCUCGUGUAGCCAGUCCCAGACAUGUCUCCACCACCACAGAUCCCUCCUGAGACUGCCCGUGGCCGCCAGGCCCAGGUUUUCCUCCCUGAGGAGUCUGAGGCCCUAUGUGGAGGAGCCACGCCAUGUGAAGCUGCAGAAGGGCUCGGAGCCUCUGGGCAUCUCCAUCGUGAGUGGAGAGAAGGGCGGAGUGUACGUCUCCAAGGUGACCGGGGGGAGCAUCGCCCACCAGGCCGGCCUGGAGUAUGGGGAUCAGUUACUGGAGUUCAAUGGCAUCAACCUGCGGAGUGCCACGGAGCAGCAGGCCCGGCUCAUCAUUGGACAGCAGUGUGACACUAUCACCAUUCUGGCCCAGUACAACCCACACAUGCACCAGCUCAGCAGCCAUUCUCGGUCCAGCUCCCAACUGGACCCUGCCGGCGCUCACUCCAGUCUCCAGGGCAGCAGUGCCACCGGCCCGGAGCAUCCCUCUGUCACUGACCCGCUGAUGGAGCAGGACGAGGGCCCUAGUGCCCCCCCGGCCAAGCAGACCACCCCCAGUUCCAGGAUGGUGGGAGACGCCCACAGGAAGAGCCUGGAGCCGAGACUUGUCUUUGUCAAAAAGCCCCAGCCAGAGCUUGGAGUGCAGUUAUGUGGAGGGAAUCUGCACGGGGUGUUUGUGGCCGAGGUGGAGGAUGGCAGUCCUGCCAGGGGCCCUGAUGGCCUCAUGCCAGGGGACCUCAUUCUCGAGGUUGGCAGUCGGGACGUGCGCGGCAAGACGGUGGAAGAGGUCUACGUGGAGAUGCUGAAGCCCAAGGACGAUGUCCGUCUCAAGGUGCAGAACCGCCCUGAGGAGUUCACCAAGGUCAAGGGCCUGCCUGGUGACAGCUUCUACAUCAGGGCCCUGUACGACCGGCUGGCAGAGGUGGAGCAAGAGCUGAGCUUUAAGAAAGAUGACAUCCUCUACGUUGAUGACACUUUGCCUCAGGGCACAUUUGGGUCCUGGAUGGCCUGGCAGCUUGACGAGAACGCCCAGAAGAUCCAGCGCGGGCAGAUCCCUAGCAAAUACCUGAUGGACCAGGAAUUCUCCAGGAGACUCAGCAUGUCAGAAGUCAAAGACGACAACACCACCACAAAGACGCUGUCGGCAGCUGCUCGCAGAUCCUUCUUCCGAAGGAAACAUAAACACAAACGCAGCGGGUCCAAAGAUGGGAAGGACCUCCUGGCCUUGGACACCUUUUCCAACGACACCAUUCCGCUCUUUGAAGAUUCCAUGAGCCUUGCCUAUCAGCGGGUCCAGAAGGUAGACUGCACCUCCCUGAGGCCCGUUCUCAUUCUGGGGCCUUUACUGGACGUGGUGAAGGAGAUGCUGGUGAACGAGGCACCCGGAAAGUUCUGCAGAUGCCCCCUUGGUACGUGUGGCCUGCUAGCUCAGACGCCCAGGCAGACGGCGGGCUGGGGACGCCCCCCACCCCCCGGGGCCCCUGGCCGUCUGUCUGAGCCGCAGCCAGAGCGGGACUGUGACAGUACCGUGCACACAGCUGCUGACAUUCGGGGCUGUGAGGAGCAAAUGGGAUUUGAAGGACACUGGGACCCCUCAAGGUUCUCAGCAAGGGUCCCGUCUGCAUGGUCGGGAGGCCCAGGAAACGUGGUUUUCUGUUCUGAUUACGAGAAAGAAAUCCCCAACCCUUUCCACUUCGGAGACCACUGA